GAGCAAGCGGCUCAACUUCGGAGCUGGCUAGCCGCUGUUAGCCAUCGUUAGCCGCUAGCUUGUGAUUGUCACAACAACAAGUUGAUUUAAAGAUGAGAAACAGGGUUUGACGCGAAGCUGGAGUUAAGAGCGCGUGCGAAUACAAACUAGUGUUCACUUUUAGCGACAGCUUCAAUGGUUACCGGUCGGGGGGGUCGUUUAGCUGCAAGUGUUUGAUGGAAGUUAACUUCGAACUGUCAGGAAGUAGCGACUGUUUUAGUGUUUGCUGCCUCCGUUGUCAACACUUAUCAAGCAAAGCAGGUGUGAACUGCUGGAUGACGUUUCACGAAGAACUAUAACAGCUGGGAUGCUAGUUGAAUAGUCAGUUAGCUUCCAUGCAGCCCUGCAGGGGCACCGCAGAUUAGCAUCUCAAUAUGUAAACAUUGUGAUUUGUGUGGGUUCCCCUGUCUUCGCGUGUAAACAUCACACAUCCUGUGUCAGUCCCCCUGGAGGAUUAGGAGGACAGAAACGUGUUGGAGGUUCUUCCAGUUCUUCGGGAUCUCUGCACAGAUGUUGUUCAGCAAAGGGGAAAGGAAGGAAUUUCAUCAGUCGAAUAUCAGCGGCUGAGGCCAAGUUCCACACGAGAGACUUUCAACAAUAGAAUCAUCUGUACUGAACGAUUCCUGCAGUCAAUUGUAAUCAAAUCAAGGUUUAUCAUUUCACACUAACAGACUCUUAACCAGCCUUAAUCCAAGUGUGAUUACUGAACCUAGCCAAAUGCAAUAUGACCCUAAGGAGUACACAUACUCAUCUGCUUCAAUACCCUGCAUUUGAUUAUCAAUUUAGUGUCUGUUUUUUAUAUUUAUUGAUUCAAUUGUAAUCUGUCUACUUAACUGUUAAUUACAUUAUCAUCUGAAGUGCAUUGUGCCAGAAUUGUACCCAGCCGCACACUGUGCAAUGACAAUAGAGGCAUUGAUUGUAAUUCCCUGACCAACUUUACUGCCAACUUUAGUUUCACAAAGAAAAGCUAAUCAUUAGUUUGUUUUUGUGAUAUCUUUCCGGGGGUUGCAUCAUCAUUAUGUGUUUUUGGUUUCCCACACAACCACUUCGGGUACUUUUUGUCAUUUUCCAAGUGUGAACACACAACUGAAUCGAUACCCGAUGCAUUGACAGUGGAUUUUGUCACAGUCCCAUUCAGGAGCUCUCCACACCCUCAGCUCUGAAGAUGGAGAAGGAUCAUAUUCACUGCAUCUCCUGUGUCAACCAGAGAUGCAUGGUCAGACCUGAACCAGGCAUUUCUUGUGAUCUCAUCUCCUGUCCUCAUGUGUGUGGGGCAGUAUUUCACUCCUGCAAAGCUGGCGAGCACCAUCUUCUUUGCCCACUACUGAGGGUCCCCUGUCUAAACAGUGGCUAUGGCUGCCCCGCCAUGCUGGUACGCAACCAAAUGUAUGGUCACCUCGAGGUGUGUCCAGCCGGCGUGGUGUGCUGUACUAUGGAGUGGAAUAGAUGGCCCAUUAGCUGCCUGGACUAUACCUCCUAUGAGAGCCUCAGUCGCGGGGUGGAGGAGGUGGAGCAGCUGGACAUGGCACUCGCUCUUCAGGAUCAGCGUACACUCCUCGAGUCCCUUAAGGUGAUUUCCAUUGCACCUACUGCAGAGGGACAGCCACAUGUUCCAGUUGGUAAGGAGACCAGGGUAAAGAACUCGCCAGCGCCUGCCCCAGGUUCGGCCAAGGAGAAGAUUGCCAGUGGAAUUAAUGGCUUGAACGAGGAGAACUUCGGUAAACUGUAUGAGGCCACAGUUGAGACUGCAAGAAGUUUAGCUGCUGCUUUAGACUUUGUCAGCAGUGCUGGUUCUGUUGAUAGCAGCUCAGUGUGUGUAAACAGAGGAGCUUCUGGGCAGGAGAGAAGAUCGAGCAGCAGCACAGACCUUCAGAAUAGACUGGAAGACAAAGCAGAGGCUGACGGUGUGAUGAAAAGAGAGAUGGAGGAGAAAAGUGUUUGUUCUAGCUGUUUAAGUGGAAACGUUGCUCCUAAAACAAAGGGACCUCAGUCAGGAGUAACAGGGGCCUGUUUAGAUGCAGCCUCUUCUGCCGAGGUGCGGGGUGACAUGAAUGCUGGUGUUUCUCAGGAAGCAGGGAAGCUUCAUAUGUCGUCUCCACUGCAUGUCAGCCCAGGUGUGGCACAGAGGGCUGGUCACGUGGUCCUGGAAGACAGGGGGCUAGUCCUAUUAGAAAGCCAUGUGUCUGAGCGGAGGUUCCACAACUACCAGUAUUUCAGAGGUCAGAGCCAAUAUCCGUUACCAAACGGACGGGUAGGUUUCCACCCAGACAGGUCACCAUAUAGAUUGCGACCCAAAAUGGAGGACAAGGCAGUGGAUACCUCCGAUCUGGAGCAGGACGACGACCCAAUGGGUCUAGGAGAGAUUGAUUUGAUCACAGCAGCACUGCUCUUCUGUCUAGAAGAGUCUAGGGAGUGUAGGAGGAUCUCUGACACAGUCUAUGUUGAUGGCUACUGCGUCAACUUUGGCACACAGACGUUCACUUUCCCCGCAGCAAUCUUGGUAACAAACACAAGAGUGGGAGACAUGGCCUCUGCAUCUGCCUGUGAUCAUGCUGCCCCCCAGCUCGCCUACCCAAGCCCUUUCCGCACCCUCCGCCUCGGCCUUGUCCUGGAAGCUCUGGAGGUGGAGGCGGUCCCACAUAACCGUUACCUCCCUUCAAACCCCCGCUACCAACACAUGUUCCCCUUCGUCUGUGGCCAGUCAUUCCGCCGGGACCAGUUUUCUUCCCAUUUCACCAACGUCCACGGUGACAUCCACGCUGGUCUCAAUGGUUGGAUGGAGCACCGCUGUCCACUAGCCUAUUAUGGCUGCACAUUUUCCCAACGGAGGUUUUACCCAUCCACCCAGGGGGCCAAGGUGGUUCACGACAGACACCUGCGGUCCUUCGGGGUUCAGCCUUGCCCAAGGGCCAAACUUCCAAAUGACUCCCAGUCUGACCAAUUUAGCGGGCUUCCCAAUGAGAUACUGUGGCACAUAGCUGGGUUCCUGGACAGUUUCAGUCUGUGUCAGCUAUCACUGGUUUCCCGGACUAUGAGGGAGGUGUGUGCCAGUCUCCUGCAGACCAGGGGUAUAGUGGAGCUGCAGUGGGAGCGGGGACAAGGAACUGGUGCUCAUGGCACUGUGUCAUGGCAGACCAAAAAUAGAGUGUGGAGAUUCAGCACUGCCUUCAGCCCCGUGUCGUCCUGGGGUUUCACCGAUCUCCCCAGCAUGUCGGACCACCUGAAGAAGUGCCACUACAACACGGUGGAGCACAAGACAGAGCCCAUUCCCCUUCCUGCCAUGUGCACUGCACGCGACGGACCAUCGCUGCGUCGGGUCCUGCGUCCCGUUUGCACCUGACCACACGGGGCUGACCGCCCGCAGAGUCACUGUAGUAUUACGUGGAUGGUGCAAUUUCAAUGUUUUUCAGUUUUGAGUAAGCAAUGAACUCUUCCUGCAUUACACAAUAGAUAUGAAGAAGCCUUAAUGAAUGAAAUAACACUUUACCUCUCACAACGUGUUUGUGGGUUAUUCCCAUGUUGACGAAAAAUACAUAUUAACCUUGUAGCUUUGCAUGAGUUUUUUGCUGAAUAUGCACCUGGUAAGAUAAAGUCUAUUUUCUUGAAGACAAAUAUGCACAGUAGAUUUAUAUUAUUCUAUUUGAUGUAAUGAAAAGAGAUUUGAAUGUUUCCACUGUCUAGUCGUCAAGUUGUAGCCUUGAGGAAAAAGCAGGUUAUUGGUAUGGCAUUAUUUCUGUGACAGAAAGUUAUGCCAGCACUGUACAUGAUUUGCUUGUGUCUCCUCUUUCUCGUCUUUCUGAUCCCGAUUUAUGAUGUCAACCCCAAUGCAAGUCUGCGUCUGUAGGACAGAGUCAAAACAGAUGGAUAGUAAUAUGAGGAUAGCUCCAUUAAUGCAUGUGAUUUGCUACCAUUCAAUAAAAUCUUUUCAGCCUUC